AUGGAGCUGGUCGCUGGUUGUUACGAACAGGUCCUUUUUGGGUUCGCAGUACGCCCCGAGCCAGCUGCAGGCGGCGACCACGAGCAAAAAUGGACUUCUGUGGCUGACUUCACUCACCAUGCCCACACUGCCUCCUUGUCAGCAGUGGCUGUAAAUAGCCGUUUUGUAGUCACUGGGAGCAAAGAUGAAACAAUUCACAUAUAUGACAUGAAAAAGAAGGUAGACCAUGGGGCUCUAGUGCAUCACAACGGCACGAUAACUUGCCUGAAAUUCUAUGGCAACAGGCACUUAAUCAGUGGGGCAGAAGAUGGAGUCAUUUGUGUCUGGGAUGCAAAGAAAUGGGAGUGCCUGAAGUCCAUUAAAGCUCACAAAGGACACGUGACCUUCCUUUCUAUUCACCCAUCUGGCAAGUUGGCCCUGUCUGUGGGUACGGAUAAGACAUUGAGAACAUGGAAUCUUGUGGAAGGAAGAUCAGCAUUCAUAAAAAACAUAAAGCAAAAUGCUCACAUAGUGGAAUGGUCCCCAAGAGGAGAGAAAUAUGUAGUUGUUAUGCUGAAUAAAAUAGAUAUCUAUCAACUUGACACUGCAUCCGUUAGUGGCACCAUCACAAAUGAAAAGAGAAUAUCUUCUGUUACGUUUCUUUCAGAGUCUGUCCUUGCAGUGGCUGGAGAUGAAGAAGUUGUAAGGUUUUUUGACUGUGAUUCACUAAUGUGUCUCUGUGAAUUUAAAGCUCAUGAUAACAGGAUAAAGGACAUGUUCAGUUUUGAAAUUCCAGAGCAUCAUGUUAUUGUUACAGCAUCAAGUGAUGGUUUCGUCAAAAUGUGGAAGCUUAAGCAGAAUAAGAAAGUUCCUCCAUCUUUACUCUGUGAAGUAAAAACUAAUGCCAGGCUGACAUGCCUUGGAGUGUGGCUAGACAGAGUGAAAGACACAAAAGAAAGCCUUCCUCCAGCUGCAGAGCCUUCUCCUGUAAGUAAAGAAGAGUCCAAAAUCAAAAAGGAAGCUGGCAAUGUAGUGCAGGAAGAAGAAAGGCAGUCCAAAGCUAAUACGAAGAAAUGUGGUAUAACUGAUGACAGUAAUAAGCCAACGAAAGGAAAUAGCCUGGUGUCAACCAAGAAGAGGAAAAUGGUAGAAAUGUUGGAAAAAAAGAAGAAAAAAAAGAAAAUAUGA